ACAGCACAUGCUUUGCUUUCAUUUCUGGGAGUCCAGGGGUCGACCUACAGAUGCUGCUUCUUCCGUGGCUCAUGGCAUUCAGACCCCCAGCUGCCCACGGUGCCAGGCAGAUAACUGGACAGGCCAGCUCAGCCACAAGUCACAGGCUGCAGUCUCGGCCAGAGCAGCAGCCCCCCAGCCACAGACCACCUCUGCCGCCCCAUCCAGGAGCCUUCCCACUUCCCUCCGCCUUGCCUCAGCCUCGCCACAGGGGCUGAAGACCUGGGAGGUGGUGACAGCAGUGGCAGUGGUGCCUACAGUCUUGGGGCCAGUCCAGGCACGUGGGACCCUGCUUCAGGCAACACUGCGGCCCCUCCAGGACCAAAGAGGGACCCAAGACAGCCCGGGUGCUCACCACUGCCUCUUCCUGUCGCUGGAACCUGGGCAAGGACUCAGAAUGGAAGCCGCCACUCCUGAGCCGAACUCGCAGGCCAGACUGGUGCAAGUACAGGAUCCAGUGAGCAGAAAGCAAGACAGCCAGGAGCGCAGGCAGCAGCUGCGGCCACUUCCCAAGCCUUCAGCCUCCUCCCAGCGAGAAGCAAAAUAUGUGGAGAUGUGCGCUUCAGCCGGAAUCCAGAGGGCGAGUCCCCGGACAGUAAAACUUACACUGGAACACCGCUCGGGGGAUCAGAAAGCCUCUAGGAGCCCAAAGGAGAGAGCCCAGGAUGAGCCCACUAGUCCAGAGUGCAGGACUCCAAUCCCCCAGAAGAACCCUGCUUCCUCGGAAUGCUCCAGCUCCCAACUCUCCACUGAUGAGGGUGGCAACUCCUCCUCCUCCUCCCCUGUGGACAAAGCAGAAGACCAUGGCCUUUCCAAAAUGGAUGAAUCUGCCACAUCAUCCGGGGCUCUGGCUACCUCCUCUUCAUCCUUAGGCUUUGAGAGUGAGAGCGAAGUGAGUUGCCAACCCAAGGGAGGAGAAGUAGGGAAAAAAGCAAGAGGAGGAGAAGGGCAGGAAGGGGGAGGGAGGACAGGAGAUGGAACAGAGUGCAGGGACAUUAUUGCCAAAUCCCAGAGUAACAGGGAUCCCCCCAAAAAUGAAGAGGCUCACUACAUCACCACCCAUGAGAUCCAGCUGAGUGAGGUGGAGCAGGACAUGGAUUUCGACGUGGGGCUGGCCUCCCGCUGGGAUUUCGAGGACAACAACGUGAUCUACUCGUUUGUGGAUUAUGCUUCCUUUGGUGGCAGCGACGAGACCCCAGGGGACGUCACCACCCCCACCGAAGAGGACGACGAUAACAGCUGCUACCUCAGCACCACUCCUAGCACCAAUGCCACCCGGACACCCAGCCCCACCAGUAGCGACCUGGUUCGCCUCAGUGCAGGCAGCAGUGGUCGUGACACCAGCAGCACGGAAGUGGGCAGUGUCCCCUCCGACAGUGACCCUACUCCCCCACCCACUGGGCCUGGCACUGCCACCCUGCCUGAGCCCUUGCUGGAGCUCCGGGAGGCAGCUUCAGGGGCAGCCUCCACCACCGCCAGCAGCUGUGGGAGUGCAGCAAGCCAGAUCCUCCUAUCAAUCAAACCAACUUCCCGGGCUAUAAAUGAGCCUAGCAACGUGCGUGCAAAGCAAAACAUUAUUUAUGCUGCCAAGCAUGAAGGCGACAUGAGCCUCCGAGUCUCUACAGCUGCUGAACAGAAUUCAAGUUCACUGAAGCAAAACUCGGCUGCAGCCGUGGCUCAGGACCAUGCAAAGAAAUUCAUUGCUGUCCCUGCUCGCCUGCAAACCAGGUGCGGGGCCAUACGGGCAAAGGAGCUGGUGGACUACUCCAGCGGAGCCUCCAGUGCCGUGAGCGAACUGGACGAUGCAGACAAAGAGGUGCGUAACCUGACCUCCCGGGCUUUCCGGAGCCUUGCUUACCCCUACUUUGAGGCUCUGAACAUCAGCUCCCGUGAGUCCUCUACCACCCUCUCCGAAGUGGGCUUUGGACGCUGGUCAACCUUCCUGGACCUAAAAUGUGGAGGUGUUGGAGCCAGGGUGGAACAGAGCCUUCUCAGGAGCAGCGCGGCCUCUGUGGCUGCAGGUCUGAGGAAGGGCAGUGGGGCCCGUGGUCCUGCAGACCAGCUUUACAUCCAGUCCAAGAAGUCCCAGACCAAGGCCUUGGAAUUUGUGGUCAGCAAAGUCGAGGGGGAAAUCAAACAUGUGGAGACACCCUUGUGUUUCCAGAAACAGAUCCAAACGGGUUCUCGCGUCGUCACUCUUCUGGAACCCCUGAAUUUACGCAGUGAGAGCAAAGCCAGCUCGGCCACUGGACCCUGCAGGGCCACCAAGGGCUCCAGCAAGGGACCUGGGUCGGUGUGCACAGAUGAUGGCUCAGAGACCUCUGAGAGCAACAAGCCUGCCCCCCGCGGUGAAGGCCCCCACAAGAAGUCCAAGUUUGCAUCCAGCCUGCUCAAAAAUGUCAUUUCCAAGAAGAUGCAACGGGAGCACGAGUUUAAAAUGGAGAGGGGAGAAGUCACUGACACAUCUCAUCACAACCUCCCCGGCACCUCCAAGGAAGCAGAGGGGUCUUCUGGGGCUGAGAAACUGCGAGACAGGGUCUUGCAGCGGCAGAAUUCCCGCCACUCAGAGGCGGGUUCCGAGUACACGGUGGUCAGUGUGUCUGACGCAGGUGGGGAGGGGUCUAAAUCCCCAAUUUUCAAAGCCAGUACUCCUCGAGAAGGCAACGCAGGUUCUGGCCGGAGUUUCACCGAUGGACAAACUGAAGUGUGUGAAAUUAAAAAGAGUGCCUCAGAGACUGUGAAAGGCAUCUUUCUCCGCAGUCAGAACAGUGCUUUUCGGUCAUGGAAGGAGAAAGGGGCCGAGAAGCGGGAAGAGAAAGCCCCCAUUGGGAAGCUGAAGCUCCCCAAAGGCGGGGACUGGAGGGCGGAUCUCGGGGAGAUCUCUGCCAGCAAGUCCACCAUCAUGUCUCGUCUCUUUGUCCCCAACAUCCAGCAGACGCCCAAGGACAAGCAGCCAGGGAAGCAGGCCACCAAGUACCCUGCUGCCCAGGCCACAACCACGGCAGUGAUCAGACCCAAGGCUCCCGAAAUCAAGAUCCGGCUGGGGAGUGUCCAACAGCCAAGCUCGGACUUCAAUAUUGCCAAAUUGCUCACACCCAAGCUGGCUGGAGGCAGCGCUUCUAACUUCUUUAAGACCAUUGAGGACAACAGCAGGGCACAGCAGAAACUCUUCCGUGGGGACAAUCUGGAAAAAGUGCCCCAGUUCCAGGUGAGAGAUGUCAGAGACAAGUCCAAGGCUCAAGGGCCCCUCCACCAGGUGAGAGAUGUCAGAAAACUAAUCAAAGGAUCAGGGGACAGCAGUGACAAAGGCAGCAUUACUCCAGAGCAGGGACUGACAGGGUCCAAGCCCAGGCAGCUGGCUCCUGCAGCUGGUGGAUCCAGAUCCCUGUCUCCCAUGGUAAUUACGUGCCAGGCUGUAGUGAACCAGAGAGAAGACAGCAUGGACCGGGAGCCCAGGGAAGGCAUGGGCAAAGGGAACAGCAGCAGGAUCUUGAACUCCUCCUCCCCAGAAGGGACUGUCUUGGUUCACAGGGCAUCUGGCAGGCUGCCUGUGGCCACCAUUGCCCCCAAUAAACCUGAGCAGGGCUCAUACCUGCCUGUGCUCAAAAUUGUCUCCAAGGCUGCUGCUCAGAAGACCCCAGAGAAAACCAAGGAGGAGGACAUUAAGGAGGAAGGUAAAACCCCAAAGCCAGCCCGAAAUGCCCUGGAGAAGCUGACUGCUGCAGUGAGAUCCAUGGAAGAGCUGUACAGUUUCAACAGGAAUGAGUGGAAACGGAAAAGUGAUCCCUUGCCCAUGAUGACAGACAGUCAUGUCUUGUCACUCAUUGCUAGUGAGGAGAGGGAAGGGGUGGUGGGUCCUGAGGGAAACCCUGACAAGUUGGCCAAACGACUAGGUGAGGUGGAAGAACGAGGCACGGGAAACAAAGGUGCUGUGGUCCUGAGAGGGGCUCCCGUGGAACGUCUGCAGAGGAGAAACUCCAACCCCAGCACCGAGAGUGUGUCUGCCCGGGCAGCAGCCUUUGAGAACAUGGCCAGGGAAAGGCCCCGAUCCCUCUAUAUUCCCCCUGUCCACAAAGAUGUGGAAAGAACCCAGCCUCUGCAGCCCCUCCCACCACUCCCCAGCAACCGGAACGUGUUCACAGUGAGUGCCAGUAGCACUCAGAAAACUGGGGGUGUCGCUGGCAAGUUCCCACAAGGGCCUUCUCCAGAGAGCUCUUCAGUGGUCAAGGGCAUCAAAUCACAGGGACUCCGGUCCCUCAAGAUCUCUCCGGCCACCCAGGCACCACCCAAUGAGGCGACCAACAGGAAAAGUGGCAUCAAUUUGGAGAAGAGCAAUAGUGACUGUGAGAAUUACCUGACUAUCCCCCUUAAGGGAACCUCUGCUGCAGGAGAGUUACCUGGUAGACCUGGUGCUGCAAGAGAGGGGGCCCCCAUCUCCUCAGCUGCCACUCUCUGUAGCUUACCCCCACUGAGUGCCCGAAGUCAGGUCUCCAGUAGCCCCAAGGGCUCUCAGGUCAGUGGAACCAGCCGGCCAGCUUGGCGUACCAAACCUGACAACCCCCGGGAGACAGCAGCUGCCCGCUCAGGGCCACAGAGCCCUGAGCAUACACCUACUGCCAUCUACCACCAGCAGCCACUGCCUUUUACCCUCCAGGGUGCCCAACCUCAAGUCCUCUGCUUCUCACCACCAGGCAUGCCUGCCCCAGCUCCUGCAGGCCCAGCUGCUGUUCCUACAGACCCCUUCCAGCAGUCACCACCUCAGCAAACUCAGCGUAAGAUGCUCCUGGAUGUGACCACUGGCCAGUACUAUCUGGUGGACACACCAGUACAGCCCAUGACUCGGAGACUAUUUGACCCUGAGACAGGGCAAUAUGUGGAUGUGCCCAUAACCUCCCAGCAGCAGGCUGUGACUCCCAUGUCCCUCCCUGUGCCUCCCUUGGCCCUGAGUCCUGGGGCCUAUGGACCCACCUACAUGAUCUACCCUGGGUUUCUGCCCACAAUGCUGCCCACCAAUGCUCUGCAGCCCACGCCAAUUGCUCACCCUCCAGGGGGUGGUGAGCUCUCAAUGGCGACCGAGCCUCACAACAAAGAGGCAGCUGCAACUUUCACAGAGGCCCCAUACUUCAUGGCCUCUGGUCAGUCUCCUGCCACCUCUUCCUCCUCAGCCCCAGCAGCCACAUCCCAGCUGGUGGGAGCCAAGGGCUUCGCCCAGCUGCACGGCAAACCUGUCAUCAGCAUCACUUCGCAGCCCCUGGGACCGCGGAUCAUUGCUCCCCCUUCCUUUGAUGGCACCACCAUGAGCUUUGUGGUGGAACACAGAUGACAAGAAGUCACCAGA